AUGUAUGAUCCUGGCGACAGCUCCUCGUCCCGGCCGCAUCCGCACGGCAAGGAGGAGCUGCAGCCGGAGGUAUUUCUCUACACGGCGUCAGCUUCAGCAUCGCGCCGCAGAGGGCGCACCUCCGCCGACCGCUACGCCGUGUGCGCCCUGCUGCGCGGCUACGGCCUGGCCGUGGACGUGCGCGACGUGUCCAGGAGCAAAGCGCACCGCAGCGAUCUCAAGUCGUUGCUCGCGGCUCGGGGCUGCGCCUUCUCCCUCCCGCAGCUCCUCGUGGGCGGCCGGCUCGUCGGUGGCCCUGACGAUGUCAGGCAGCUGCACCAGGCCGGUGGGCUGCGGCCUCUCCUCAACGCCGCCCCAAGGCCGAGCCGCGCCUUCGUCUGCCAAGCCUGUAAGAGGGUCGGCUCCGAGCCCUGCCCAAAGUGCAGCGAGUCCCGCAACAAGAUGCUGGAUCAUGGAGUUAUUGAGGAGGAGGAGGAGAGGGUCGUCCUUUUUUAUCCAACCCAAGAUGUUUCAAUAGUAGGUAGAGGCAGAGAGAUGGAUCCCAGUAGCAGUGUUUCUCUGGGUGCCAUGAGACCCCUUCUUAAGAAGCUUGACAUGAUGCUAGGUCCUAAUGGAUGCAAGCUGACCAAGGGGGUCAAUGAUAUGUCGCACCUCCUCAAAGAUGAUCUUGAAGAAAUAGGCGCAUGCCUUGAAGAUCUGUUAGAGGUGGAGGACCCUCCCCUGGCGGCCAAGUGCUGGAUGAAAGAAGCACGGGAGUUAUCUUAUGACAUCCAAGAUUGCAUUGACAACUUUGUGCCCCCUGAGUCUCUUGGCUACAAAUCUGACCACAAGAUGACUCAUGUUAAGAUUCCCAAGAGACUCAAGUGGCAGAAACAGAUUGGAUAUGCAGCUCCUGAUGUGUCAGGACAUGUUAUCUUCAAAAGCAUUCGUGUUGAUGUCAUUCGUGCUCCCAGGAAGCUCAAGUGGUACCAGCAGAUGGUUGAAAAGGUAUCAGAAUUCAGGAUCUAUGCCCGGGAGGCGAUCCGACGGUACGAGAGGUACCAGCUCCAUUGUUGUAGGACCUCGGCGGCACGUAGAUUUUCAGCCAUUGGGCCUAUAAUGCCAAUGCCGCCACUGCCUUGUGAGAAAACUUGUUCCGGCCUAGUAAUUGAUGGUCGGAUGAGCAAGUUUAUUAACUCUCUGGCUAACGACACGGAUCAGCAGCUCAAGGUGGUGUCUAUUCAUGGAUUUCGAUGUCUUGGUAAAACAAUGCUUGCCAAAGUGUUGUACAAUAAAAUUGGGAGGAAAUUCCAUUGUCGGGCUUUCGUCCGGGUGUCCAAAAAGCCUGAUAUGAAAAGGCUUUUCCACGACAUGCUAUCACAAUUCCAGCGGAAGCAGCCCCAAGCAAGCCAAGACGCUUCUGAUGAACUUCACAUUACUGCUGAAAAUAUCGGCAAUUGUCUACAUGGCAAAAGGUAUCUAGUUGUUGUUGAUGAUUUGUGGGAUACAUCAGCAUGGGAUGUUAUUAAUCGGCUUUUUCCCAAGGGUAGUCAAGGCAGCAGAAUAAUAACAACUACACAGAUUGAAGAUGUUGCAUUAGCAUGUUGCAGCGAUGACACAGAACAAGUUUUUGAGAUGAAUCCUUUGGAUGAUGAUCACUCAAGGAAGCUAUUCUUUGACAGGCUUUUUGGUUGUGAAAGUAACUGUCCUGAAGAAUUGAAACAAGUUUCAAGCCAAAUUGUAGAAAUAUGUGGUGGUUUGCCGCUAGCGACCAUCAGCAUAGCAAGUCUUUUAGCAAACCAGCCUGCUGUAUCAGUGGGUUUAUUGACACAUAUACAUGAUUCGUUAGUGUCUUUUUUGUCAUCAAAUUCAACUUCAGAAAGAACGAGACAAGUAUUGAACCUCAGCUACAACAACCUUCCUCAUUACCUCAAGACAUGCCUGCUCCAACUUGGUAUGUAUCCAGAGGGCUCCAUAAUCUUCAAACAAGACCUGGUCAGGCAAUGGGUGGCUGAAGGGUUUCUUGCUGCAAGUGAAGGGCAAAAUAUGGAAGAAAUUGCUGGAAUGUAUUUCAAUGAACUUGUUGAUAGAAGAUUCAUCCAACCUGUGUCUAUCAACUUCAACAAUGAGGUGGUGUCCUGCACAGUUCAUGCCCUGGUGCAUGAUCUUAUUGCCCACAAGUCUGCUGAAGAGAAUUUCGUUGUGGUAGUAGACCACAAUCGAAAGAAUUUGGCACUUUCUCAUAAGGUCCGUCGACUGUCUCUCCAACUUGGUGAUGCAAAAUAUGACAAGAUACCAGCAAACAUCAGAAAGUCACAAGUACGGUCACUUGGGUUUUUUGGACUAUCAGAGUGUAUGCCUUGCAUUGGAGAGUUCAAGCUUGUUCUUGUUCUGAACCUUCAUCUAUCUGGCCAUCAUAAUGGCGACCAAGACCUGUCCAUAGACCUCUCUAGAGUAUCAGAACUGUUCCAUCUGAGAUAUCUCAAGAUUGCUUGUGAUGUCUGCAUAAAACUUCCAAACCGUAUGAGAGGGCUGCAGUGUUUGGAAACAUUGGAUGUUAUGGAUACACCAAGAGGCACUUAUGUUCCAUGGGACAUUAUAUAUCUCACACGCUUGUUGCACCUCAGUCUUCCUCCUGACACAAAUUUGCUGGAUUGGUUUGUCAGUGAUGAUAUGAGCCUUUGCAAGCCGAACCACCUGCAGGAUCUUUGCAUUUCUACACCGCCUUCUUCAGAUUCCGACCAUCUGGAUAGAAGCAUGUAUGCUCUGGAUUAUUUAAUGAAUGAACAUGACAGCCUGAAAACUGUAAAACUGGUGGCUCACGGAUCCUCGGCUAGCUAUGGUGACACUUCAAAAGCAAGAGUUUUGUGGAUUUUGGAUAAACAACCCCACCAUCUCCAGAGAUUUGAGGUCUCACCGCGCAGCCCCGUCAUAUUUUGCAAAAUGUAUAAGUGGGAGGAACAACUUGGCAACCUAUGCAUUCUGAAGAUUGCAGUGGAUGGACUGUCAGUAAAUGAUGUUAAUGUUCUUGGAGGGUUGCCUGCCCUCACUGCUCUGUCGUUGUAUGUGGAGAAGUCACCUGAUAUUAAGAUAAUCUUUGGCACGGCUGCAGGAUUCACAGCUCUCAAGUACUUGAAGCUGAGGUUCAUGAGUGGAAUAGCUUGGCUAAAAUUUGAGUCGGACGCAAUGCCUAAUCUCUGGAAGCUCAGGCUCGUUUUCAAUUCCAUCCCCCAAAUGUACCAACGACUUGUCAUUUAUUCAGACUGUGACAAGAUAUUGAAACAAUAUCGACAUGGUACUGCAUUAAUCAGCAUCGAGCAUAUGACAGGCCUUAGAGAGGUCUCCGCAAAAUUUGGGGGUGCAGCUGCUGAUCUAGAGUAUGUCUCGAGGAUGGGCAUAGUUAGUAAUCAUCCGAGCAAUCCUAUAAUUGACGUGCAACUGGUGGAUUCUGGUUCCCAUGGUGAUAAAAGGAUAUCAGCAAGGUCACCGGAGUCCACUUCCUGCCCGAUGGAUGUUCCACUUCCAGGGGCGGGAGCUGAUGGUAGUGGAGAGGUCUCGUGGAGCAAUACCAUUGGUGUGAUCGGUCGUGACCUCUUCAUCUAUUGCCUCCACCGCCUCUCCAGGUGGGAAUAUGGCGCCAUCGCCUCCCUCAACCGUGAUUUCAAUUCCGUGGUUCGCAACGGGGACAUCUACCGCCUGCGUCGCAAGAAUGGGGUCGCAGAGCAUUGGAUCUACCUCUCUUGCUAUAAGAAUCCUCCGGAGUGGGAGGCUUAUGACCCGUCCACUGGGCGCUGGAUCCAAGUGCCCAAGAUGCCACCGGCUCAAAGCAAAUUCAUCUGGGAGUCGGUCGCUGUUGGAACCGAGCUGCUGGUGUUUGGGGACCGCGGAAGGGUUGCCUUGAGAUAUAGCAUCCUUACCAAUUCAUGGACAUGGCUGGCUGAUGGGAUGAACACCCCGCGGUGCUUCUUUGGGUCAGCGAGUGUCGGUGAAAAGGCGUAUGUCGCGGGAGGCGCUGAUUCUUCUCGUAAUGUAUUGAGCUCCGCAGAGAUGUACGACUCGGAGACACACACUUGGACACCCCUUCCCAGCAUGAAUAGGGCUAGGUACGGAUGCUCUGGUGUGUUCAUGGAUGGCAGGUUCUAUGUGAUCGGUGGUAAUAGCAGUAGUCACAAGGUAUUGACAUGCGGUGAGGAGUAUGACUUGAACCGGCGGUCAUGGAGGGUCAUCGACAACAUGUCUCAGGGCCUCAACGAGACAGACGAGGGAGCUUCUCUGCUCCUUGCAGUUGUGAACAAUGAGCUUUAUGCCGCUGAUUACGAGAAGAAUAAUGAAUUGAAGCAGUAUGAUAAGCUGGACAACAAGUGGAUCACUCUUGGGAAAUUGCCUGUACACUCUAAGGACAAAUAUGGCAGGGACAUGGGUUUCCGAGCGUGUGGUGACCGGCUGAUUGUUAUUGGGCCACCGAGCGUGUGGUGGUUGAGCUUCAUUCAUGGAUCCCGGAUGGGCAACCGCCUGUGUGGAAUUUGUUUGCCACACGGCCAUACGGGGACCACCAAAUUCUGUGUGCCGUGA